AUGGAGCUAAUACUAAGUAGCCUCAUUUCCGAUGAUCUAACAGGGGAACAAAAGCAGUUAAGUCUUGAUUUCCUACAGGAUAUCUUACAAUGUAAUAGGAAAGAUUAUGAGAGUUAUUUUUCAUCCAGGGCAGUUCCUGGUAGCAUAACCGAGGACAUAGCAGAAAUUGAUGCCGAAUUAUCUGCCCUUGAUAGGAAGAUAAGGAAAUCACUACUGGAAAAUAAGUCUCAGAUUAUCGGAGAUAUUCUUGGAAACGAUGAUAGGGUUCAAUUGGAUGAUAUAGCUAAGUCCUUGGAACAAUUAUGGGAAUUGGAUGCUAAUAUCAAUAAGGCAACUGAUGAAAGCACUACUGAUGAUGAAAUUAUUAAUGAAACCCUUUCUAUUGAUGACUUUUUACAACACGAUAAUGAAGGCAACGAUACGAGCGGCAUUGCGACCACAGAAGGUGACAAUUUAGUAAGAAGGAAAAAGGAAGAUGAGUUUCACAAGGCUUUAAGCAGGCUAAGAAACAGAAUCACAACAAAAGAGGAUGACAAGGACGACAUUAGAUCUGAUACAUUAGUCACUGUACUAGAAAAUUUGGAUAGCAUUACGGAUUUAAUGGAACUGCCAUUUUUAGCUCGCACGUGUAUUAGAACAGGUCACUAUCAAGAGGCCGUCAUGCUAUACACCCAUACUACCUCCCUAAGAUCAAGAUUCCCUGGUUCAACCAUUGUGGAUGAAGUCUGCGAAAAAGUUUUGAAUGAAAUAAGUACUACCAUGUUAUCCGGGUUGGUGAAAUUACUAUCUACUAAUGUAUCGGUGAACUCACUGAAGAAAAUACUACAGUACUUGAAUUCAAUUCCGCCAUUCGAUGGAAAGACUAACAAGUCAUUACUAAGUGUAUUUUUAGCCAUGAGGUACAAAUUCAUUACUGAUGAAAUAGCAUCGUAUUCUUUGGACAUUGAGUCUUCUAACGAAUCAUUAAUUGAAAUGAUGGUCAAGAGGAAAGUUGAGGUCCUCAGGGAACAUGUCUAUAUGUCCUUAAAUGUCUUCCUUAAAAGCUUUUUGUAUGAUACAAGCGAUUUAGAAAUUCCGUUCCCAGAGGAACUAGAAACUAUUGCGUUAAAGAUAAAUGAAACUAACGAAGAUAACGAAGAGAAAAGAGAUGAAAAGAGGGAGAAAAAAACAGAGAAGGAAGAACAUAAAGAAAGAGAUACAGUAAAGAAUAAUGAAGAAGACAUAAGGGAAAAUAAAAUCUGUCUCAACGUUGAAGAUGAAGAAAAUAAACAGACAGAAGAGGUAAAGGAGAAAGUGAAAGGCGAAGAAGAUAGAGCAGAAAGUACAACAGAAGAUGAGAUAGCAAAUAAUACAAUAAACGAAACGGAAGACAAGGCGGAAGCAGAAGAAGAAGAAGGAGAAGAAAAACUAAAUAACACAGAAGACAAAACAGAAGCGAAAGCAGAAGAAAAAGGAGAAGAAGAAAUUAAUAGGGUAGAGUCGACUCCAGACGGGCCUAGCAAGGCUCCAACUUCGAAAAAAGAAAACAAAAUACCAACGAAUGCCAUCAUGCUGCAAUUCGUUGAUAGGUGCAUUACAUACGUAUUAAAAGACCUCAUUCGUGGGUUAAAUGGCAUCAAGCUGAGUGACUCCGUUUGUCUGCAGCUGGUGUACUGUUCAUUCCGUCUUUGCGACCUGAACCGAAACUACCACCACCUCUUCUUGAAAAAAAUUAACAAUACCAGUUUGUUCACCACGGAGCAGCUUGCUCGGGCAAUUAACAAAAGAGCAGAGUUGGCCUCAAAAUAUAUAUACUCCUAG